AUGAAGUCCGAGGCGGAGCUGAGUGACAAGGAGUGGCGGCAAAUGCGGCGGCAAAUGUCGAAGCUCGACUUUGAUCCGGUGCCGGAGACGCCUGCCCUACUUCCGAGGUCUCUCUACGGUGAGAGCGAUAAGGAGCUAGCCGCGAUCUGUGAGGAACACGAGAAGCCCGAGGAAGCCCUUGAAAGUGCUGUAGUCGCUGCUGAUGCGUGCUCUAACCACAACGACUCGCCAACGAGCCGCAGCUGUAGCGGAAUUUCACCAGGUCGAGAGAGUAUUGUGCUUAGUGCCCCCAUCCGCAGUGCUAUACCGGCCAGUUAUCCCGAUGAUAUCAACCAAAAGCAGUCCGAGAAGGAGGCGAUCAAAGCUCGAGUACUUGACGCUCAGUUGGCGAUGGCACAAGAGGCGACACGGCGCUCCAUCAUGAGUGCGUUUAUGGAGCUAAGGGCGAAAAAGACGAAGGACGAAGCUUUGGAGAGGUCGAAGCUAUCAGCAGCCCACAUGACCGACGUAGCCACCCUGAAAAACAAGGUGAAGGAGCUGAAACUGCGUGUAGCUCAAGCAGAGGCGAAACGAGAGCAACAAGAACUGCUGUUAGAUCGUUUUUCGGAGCUCACAGCCAAACAAUCGCACCGCAAUGAAUAUGCUUUCGCGGGUGGAGCACAACAGCUCAACAAGCGGUAG